UUUCGUUGGAGACGGGAGGAGGGGCAGGGAAUAUCUAGGGUCAUAGGUUUAAAAGUGGCUACUGGGUGACCGCGGGUUAUGAUUCAUUGACGUCACCUUGGCUCCAUUUUGUCAAUCUGCUGGCACCAGGAAUUUGGACACUGAACUGAAGAAAAGAAUGCUAUUGUUGACAACGCAAAUACCGCUUAAAAACUGUCCAUUGCUUUAAAAUACGCAUGUGAAAUGCUUACGUUGUCCGGUGCCUUGUUUAACAUCAUUUCAAGAUCCCUUGUGAAACCUGCUUCAGUCACUACACUGUCUUCAAAAACAAUGUCGAAUGAAAAUAAGGAUGAGCUUCCCAAAGUCUUGUUUGUGCUUGGUGGUCCUGGGGCAGGAAAAGGGACACAGUGUGCUAAUUUAGUCAAGGAUUAUGGGUUCAUACAUUUGUCUGCAGGAGACUUGCUUAGAGCAGAAAGAAAUAGCGGUUCAAAAGAUGGUGAACUAAUUCAACAUUACAUUAAAGAAGGAAAAAUUGUUCCUGUAGAAAUUACUGUUCGUUUGAUUGAAAAGGCUAUGAAUGACAAUCCAAAUUGCAAAUUCCUAGUUGAUGGCUUUCCAAGAAAUGAAAACAACCUAUGCGGUUGGAAUAAAGAAAUGGAACACAAAGCUAAUGUACUUGCGGUUUUGUUUUUCUCUUGCCCUGAAGAAGUGUGUGUGAAAAGGAUUUUGGAGCGAGCGAAGACAAGUGGUCGUGUGGAUGACAACGAGAACAGUCUUAAGAAAAGAUUUCAAACUUUCUACAAUGAAACAAUGCCGGUUAUUGAUCAUUUUAAAGAAAGAGAUCUUGUGAAAGUGAUUAAUGCAAUACCUGAACCAGAUGAGGUUUAUGAAAGCGUUAAAAGCAUAAUAAGCUUAUUAUGACAAUACCACGCAUGCGUGAGAGAAGAAUAUUGUGAAAACAAAGCUGCAUAAACAAUAAUGGGGGUGUGAGCUGCAUGUUACAGUUGGUAUUGGUUAAUGAUUCAAAAUGAUCCGGUGUAAAAAUAACACGAAUUGUAAAUCGAAGCGUGUAUGUGUUAAGUAUUACACAUCGCAAAAAUUGGACAUGUUGAAACGGGACCGUGGUCUGUUUUUUAUUGUUUUAGCUUCAGUAUAUUUAUAUGCACGUGUAGUUAGGUAGUAUGAUUGGAUAGAAUUACAAUAAAGAAGUGUUA